AUGUUGACCUCUUACCACCACUAUCAACCUGCAGAAGGACUACGGAGCGGCCGGUCACGGGUACCUGUACCACCAGAGCCUCCAAGUCGAAAUCCGCUGCUUCGUUCAGCUUCAGCUGGAGGGCCUUUAUUUCGCUCAGAUUCUCUUCGUUCACAUUCCUUUUCGCGCCCAACCAAAUCAAUGCACGCUCAACUUCCUGAUCCAUCUACUUACCCGGACCCAUAUCCUUCUCGCAAUACUCCAUACGCAGUCUCAUCAGCAGAAUCUUCUACUGCUUCGACUCGUUCUUCAGCUUAUACCAGCUUCGGUAGCACUAUCAAUGACCUAGCACAUGUACAUAUCCUAGAGUCUGAUGAUCUAGUCGGCCUUGGGAUCACCUCUGACUCUGUUGUCCAACUUCUCGGUGGUGAUACAGUCCCUGGUCAAUCUAGAGCACCUAUAGACCAGACUAGGUGGUCAGACCUGUACUCUUCAGGUGCUCGGUCGCGAUCUUCAUCUGUUGCCAGCAAUCAUCCCGUCGAACACGCCCCUCCAAAGCUCAGAGAACAAUCCAGUUAUGACAUGAGUUGGAGUACUGUUGAUGAACGCGACGAGGUGGGAAUAAGUGAAGACGAGACUGAUGAUGAUCACCUCCUCACUGAAGACGAUUUUGAUGACGAGUUGGGAGAGGAAGAACGGACGUCCGCUGUCAUCGUCGCUGAAGAAGGACGUGGAUUGAUCGUGCAAGCAAAUAACAUGCCUGUUCCUCAGUUGCAGGUUCAAUCUGGGACUACACAUCUCCUCAUCGGCUCAUCUACCACGCCAAACGCGAUGCCCUCUUUUCUGACUAGCACUAUUCCUCAAAUAUCCAUAUCUCUUUUGGCCCUAGAUAUCUCUGCAAAUUUUCUUGGCGCUUUGCCACCUGUGCUUGCGCUGUGCCACAGUCUAGAAGAGCUGAACAUUGCAUCUAACCCACUCCGGGUAUUGCCCGUCUUUUUGGCCGACUUGACCAAUCUUCGGGUCCUCAUCGCGGACGCCACCGGCAUUGCAACUUUGCCCGACCCGCUGGCUGAUUUGGAUAAGCUACACACAAUUAGCGUUCGAAGAAAUAAGAUGCACGCGCUUCCCAGCUGGCUCUGUCUUCUUCCUGCUCUGCAGGCUCUUUAUGUCGACGGAAAUCCUUUUCAAGGUCCUUGGAAUGCUCUCGUCGAACCUCUGCUGGCUAGGAUACCAAUGACUCCCGUGUAUCCACUUUCCACACCCACCUUUCCGCUUCCAUCUUCAAGUGCUCAGAGUUCAUCUUUUGACACUUCCGAUAUUGAUCCGGACGAGCUAAGUGAACCCCCGAGCUCUGCUCAAAACGACAAUCGGUUUGCCUUACGUGGAGAUGAUUCGGAGGACCAUACCAUUACCCCUGACAAGGCACCACUUUUAGCUAGAAGGAUGCCUUCACAAGUCGAGAGCGUCAACUCACAGAGUACUAGCCAAUCCUCGCGCAUUUCCUCUCGCGCGUUGCGGAAUCAACCUCAGCAACUUUCGCCUCGUCCAUUGACUCGGACCCGUACUACGCCUAAUCGGUCCUAUUAUCAGAAUCGAGGGAACAAAAGUCCAAUAUCUCCUAAUCACCCCCCUUCCAAUACCAGUUCUACAAUGCCAAGCCCGCUUCCUUCCACAAUCGAUUCACAUCAUUCCGAAGAUUCAGGGUAUUUUGGUGACCAUGAGAUUCGGAAGAUGAAGAGUGCAGGGGAUCUAAGGAGAGGAAGGUCUGCAACUGCUGGCUUGGAACCCUCGCCUCCAGAGAGACCUACGCUGUCGCACUACGCCACAACGUCUCGUUCUAGCUCUAACUUGUUGAAUACGGGCUCACCUGGCCGAUCUUUGACUGACUCAGAGAGACCCGGUAUGCCAAAACGUUUUGCGAGUUUAGGCGCAGCUACGACAUUAUCAACACCUGAGCCAGUGCAACGGCCUAACAAAUCCUCUCGCCCGGCUCUCACCAACUCCAUUUGGGAUGAUAUAUCGGAAACGGACGAUUCAGUGGGAGGCUCGCCCUCAUCGAAUCGCGGUUCGCAAGCCACACUCCCUGCUCGUACCUCUCCCCCAUCAAGAUCAUCCGGCACGGGAAAGGAAGGCCUUGAUAGCAAGACGCCCAGUCGGUCACGGAAAGAUGGGAAAGAGAAGGGCAGCAGAUGGGGUUUCUUUAAAAAGAUGUCGAUGGGAAAGAUGAGGCCUGAUAUUCCGCCUUCUAGGCCAGGAACAAGCAAUGGCCCUUUGAGUCCGGGCUCAGGAAUAAAUACUACCUCCCGACCACAGUUGAGGAAUGGUAAUGGCGUUAUCGGUAGUCCUGAACGGUCAAACCAGUUGCCCCAGAUCGACAUGAGAAUAUCGACGACUGGAGCUCUGGACGUCAUGACGAGACAUUUACCGACUGUGGUCGCUCCGGAGAUCGAACAGGUGGCAGAGGAUGAGGAUGAGCCACCACCUUCAAUCGCUAGAAAGAUUUCCAGAGAAAAUCUGAAUAUAUACCCUAAUCCUUCCUUGCUCGCAUCUACCAAUGACCGCUCUGGAUCCGCUUCUUCACUCCUUCACCCUCCUUCACCGACCCCUCGAUCAAGCAAACGACGAAGUUUCCUACCUAUAGAUAUUAAUGGACCUGGCUCGUUGAAUAUACCCAUUCCCGAUAACUCUCGUUUCGUUCCAGCGGUCACUGCUACCAACGGCGAGGGCCUAGAUCACAAUGACCAUGUGUCAGAAGACAACAGGGAGCCAACUCCCAGCCAGUACAUGUACACCAUUGAUCACGACGAUUACCUCAGAAAAGAAGAAGAGCGUGCGAGAGAAAGCUACACUCGUGCUCUACGAAGCGUUAUGGCAUAUUUAAAAGACAUGAACGACCUGGGUCUUUCUCAAAGCGGAGGUGCUUCUGCUCCUGAAGGCCCACGUUCAAGAAGGCCUACGAUGGCUAUAGAUGUCCCAGGGUCUCGAGAAAACUCCAUGGCGUUGAGUGGCUCGACGGCAGUGUCGAAUUCAGAGGCCCUCAGAACCCUCAGUGUUGCUACAACCGACAGUACAGGAUCCAAUGAAGAGAGGAAAAUAAAAGAUGAUAAGGCAAAGAGGGCAAUGGUUGCCAAAGAAAUUCUGACAACUGAGCGAACCUAUGUCAAGGGACUACAAGAAUUGAUGGACAUAUACAUCAAACCUGCUUGUGCAAACGUCACCGUCCUCAGUGGCGUUGGAUCGAGUAAAGAAACUGUUGUACCUGCUCCAGAGCGGAAGAUUGUAUUUGGUGCAGUUGACGCGUUAAUUUCUUUUCACAAGGAGAGCUUCUUGCCUUCAUUGGAGAAGGCUGUAGCACCUCUCAUGAAACCAUCCUCAAGUAAAGAAGACCUAGACGGACAACUAUCGUUAGCCGUCGCGACAUCAGUCGGUGAUAUGUUCUGGAAGUAUGCCGCAUUCAUGAGAAUGUAUUCCACGUACAUAAACAACUUCGAUAGUGCCGUCCAACGGGUGAAGCAUUGGUCGACUUCUUCCUCGCCCUCAAAUACAACCUUGUCACCUUCAUCAAGUACUUCUCAAUUGGCUACCAUGGGGUUAGCAAUGUCGGCCAUGUCAAAUCCCAACGCGGUUGCAGAUGGUGCAGUAAAUGCAGGCGCGCCCAAUCUUUCCAGUGGCCAGCGGAAACGAAUACGUCAAUACCUAAAACGAUGUCGACUAAACCCUCAACACUCUCAACUCAAUCUCGAGGGAUAUCUGUUGUUGCCUAUUCAGCGGAUACCAAGAUAUCGUUUAUUGCUUGAAGAACUUCGACGGAGCACCCCACUACCAUACGACUAUAUGGAAGACCAACUGGACCGUGCUCUGAACGAAAUAUCUUCGUUAGCGAAUAACAUGAAUGAAGGCAAGCGGGAAGCUGAGGCGCGGCGUAAACUCGUCACUUGGCAGACCCGAAUCAGAGGGAAAUUCCCUAGUCCGCUAGUUCAACCACAUAGACGUCUGAUUAUGGACGGCCCUCUGAUGCUCACGAGAGUCGUGCGGAAAGCCAUCGUCACCUUUGAAGCAAUUAAUGCUCAAGGUGACGCAGCCACUGUCGAUGUUGAUUGUCUAGCUCCAGAGUUAACACCCAGGGCGCUCCUUGGGAUUCUUUGUAAUGAUCUCUUGGUUUUAUGUAGAGAUCCAUCUGAAGGGCGAGAUAUCAACUCUCCAGUAGAUCUCUGGGCUGUUCUUCGGAUGCAGACUUUGCCUCAACCAGCCAGUAUUGUCCAUGGAAACGCCCUUCGCUUAGUAGAUAACAAAGCUAUCCUAUAUUUCGAUGCUCCGUCUGCAUCUGAUGCUUUGAAUUGGUAUCGAGCAAUCAAUUUACAUAUCCCGGCUUCAAAGACAUAG